AUCUAACGGCUUACAAUUUACCAACACGGUACCGUUGCCGAUUUUAGGCGGUUCACCGUCUCUCCUCUUUAUUUUCUCUUUCUUUUCUUCACACGAAUUUCAAUCGUUUCUCAGAUUCCGUAGAACCCUAAUUACACCAAGCUACGCGUCUCCACCUUUCCCAGGCAAGUGAAUCCGGUAAGGCAUUAUCUUCGUUGGAAGAGUCCAACCGUCGCUACGGUCAUGGCUCAAGACGAUGACCUCAAGAAGUUGGAAUAUCUAUCUCUGGUCUCCAAGGUCUGCACCGAGCUCGAGACUCAUUUAGGGUUCGGUGACAAAGUCCUCGCGGAGUUCAUUACCGAGUUGGGUCGCAACUGCGAGGCUGUGGACGAGUUCGAUUCAAAGUUGAAGGAGAACGGCGCCGAGAUGCCCGAUUACUUUGUGCGGACGCUUCUAACCAUUAUACAUGCCAUUCUUCCUCCGAUGCGCAAGUCGGAGAUCCCCAAGGAGACCGCCGGUAGUGGGGGUAAGUACAAAGCUCUCGCUAUUGCUGAUGGCAAGGAUAGAGUGAAGCAGCUCGAGCUGGAGCUUGAGACGGAGAUCAAUGAUAGGAGGAAAGAUGAUAACCGGGGUGGAGACAGGGACAGAGAAAGGAGGGACAGGGAUAAAAGUAGGGAUAGAGAUAGAGAUAGAUAUAGAGACAGAGACAGAGAUGGUGACAGGGAUAGGGAUAGAGGCAGGGAUAGGGAUCGUGGUCAUGAUCGUGAGAGGCGCAGAGACAGAGACUCGGAUGAUGGUUAUCAUGAUGAUGAGGGCUACGGAGAGAAAGAUCACGAUGGUUACAAGAAUAGAGGAAAGCAUAGAGAUGGUCGGCAUGAUUGGCAUAGGAGAGGUGACGACAUCCGAGAUAGUAGUGGUUAUGAUAGGCAAGAAGACGGCAAAGGUGAGAUGGUCCAGAAGAGCACUGCCUCUAACUCCAGCGAGCCUGAAUUAUACAAUGUAUAUAAAGGCAGGGUUUCCAGGGUCAUGGACUCGGGUUGCUUCGUGCAGUUAAAUGAUCUCAAAGGGAAGGAGGGUCUUGUUCAUGUUUCUCAGAUUGCAACCAGGAGAAUCGGCAACGCAAAGGAAGUAGUGAAACGAGAUCAAGAAGUCUAUGUGAAGGUGAUUUCUAUUUCAGGUCAGAAGUUGUCUCUUUCAAUGCGAGAUGUGGACCAGCACACUGGGAGGGAUCUACUCCCACUGAAGAAGAUCUCCAACGAUGAUACCUCUAGGACGAAUCCUUCGAGUUCGAGAGAUGGGCAAAGAACUCGGACAGGGUUAUCAGGGAUUAGGAUUGUGGAAGAAGAUGAAGCUAUUCCAUCUCGCAGGCCACUGAAGAGGAUGAGUUCACCAGAGAGAUGGGAAGCUAAGCAGUUGAUUGCUUCAGGUGUUCUAAGUGUUAAAGAGUACCCUAUGUAUGAUGAAGAAGCAGAUGCGUUGCAGCAAUAUGAAGAGGAAGGAGGUGAGGAGGAACUGGAAAUUGAGAUCAACGAGGAUGAGCCUGCAUUUUUGCAGGGGCAAACUAGGUCCUCCGUUGAUAUGUCACCUGUGAAGAUCUUUAAGAAUCCUGAAGGGUCACUGAGUCGAGCAGCUGCUUUGCAGUCUGCCCUAAUUAAGGAGAGGAGGGAAGUAAGGGAGCAACAACAAAGGACAAUGCUUGAUUCCAUACCAAAGGAUCUGAAUCGACCUUGGGAAGACCCAAUGCCAGAGAGUGGUGAGAGGCAUCUGGCCCAGGAACUUAGGGGGGUUGGUUUGUCUGCUUAUGACAUGCCUGAAUGGAAGAAGGAUGCUUAUGGGAAGGCGUUGACAUUUGGGCAGAGGUCGAAACUAUCGAUCCAGGAUCAACGACAAAGUUUGCCCAUUUACAAAUUGAAAAAAGAGCUGGUUCAGGCUGUCCAUGAUAACCAAGUUUUGGUUGUUAUCGGCGAGACAGGUUCUGGUAAGACUACACAGGUAACACAAUAUCUUGCCGAGGCUGGUUAUACUACACGUGGUAAGAUUGGUUGUACUCAGCCCCGUAGAGUUGCUGCAAUGUCUGUUGCCAAACGUGUUGCUGAAGAGUUUGGUUGUCGGUUAGGAGAGGAAGUGGGAUAUGCUAUUCGUUUCGAAGAUUGUACUGGGCCAGAUACAGUCAUCAAGUAUAUGACUGAUGGUAUGCUUCUUAGGGAGAUAUUGAUUGACGAGGAGCUCUCUCAAUAUUCAGUAAUAAUGCUCGAUGAAGCUCAUGAGAGAACUAUUCACACUGAUGUUCUUUUUGGGCUUCUUAAGAAGUUGGUGAAGAGAAGGCCUGAUCUUCGUUUGAUUGUCACUUCUGCUACCCUGGAUGCUGAGAAAUUUUCUGGUUAUUUUUUCAAUUGUAACAUUUUCACCAUCCCUGGUAGGACAUUCCCGGUGGAGAUUCUAUACACCAAGCAGCCUGAAAGUGAUUACCUAGAUGCUGCCCUGAUCACUGUCUUACAGAUCCAUUUGACGGAACCCGAAGGUGAUGUGCUUGUGUUCUUAACAGGUCAGGAAGAAAUUGAUUUUGCCUGCCAGUGUUUGUAUGACCGGAUGAAGGCGUUAGGUAAAAAUGUUCCAGAACUGAUUAUAUUACCAGUUUAUAGUGCCCUUCCUAGUGAAAUGCAGUCAAGGAUAUUUGAUCCAGCUCCUCCAGGGAAAAGAAAGGUGGUUGUGGCAACCAAUAUUGCAGAGGCGUCACUGACAAUUGAUGGGAUAUUUUAUGUUGUGGAUCCUGGGUUUGCUAAGCAGAAUGUAUACAAUCCGAAGCAAGGUCUGGAUUCUUUGGUUAUAACCCCAAUCUCACAGGCAUCUGCUAAGCAACGAGCUGGACGUGCUGGCCGUACUGGGCCUGGGAAAUGUUACCGUCUUUACACUGAAAGUGCCUACCGGAAUGAAAUGUCCCCUACGUCCAUUCCUGAAAUCCAAAGAAUUAAUCUUGGGAUGGUAACACUUACAAUGAAGGCCAUGGGAAUUAAUGAUCUCUUAUCUUUUGAUUUUAUGGAUCCACCAUCACCUCAAGCCCUAAUCUCUGCCAUGGAGCAGCUGUACAGUCUAGGGGCAUUGGAUGAAGAAGGGCUGCUUACAAAAUUGGGGAGGAAAAUGGCUGAAUUCCCUCUGGAUCCUCCGUUGUCCAAGAUGUUGCUGGCUAGUGUCGACCUUGGCUGUAGUGAUGAGAUUCUGACUAUCAUUUCCAUGAUCCAAACAGGGAACAUUUUCUACAGGCCCAGGGAGAAACAAGGUCAAGCUGACCAGAAGAGAGCCAAAUUCUUCCAGCCUGAGGGUGACCACUUGACCUUGCUUGCUGUCUAUGAGGCUUGGAAAGCAAAGAACUUCUCUGGUCCUUGGUGUUUUGAGAACUUUGUUCAGUCCAGGUCCUUGCGAAGAGCCCAAGAUGUCAGAAAGCAGCUUCUCACCAUUAUGGAUAAGUAUAAGUUGGAUGUGGUGAGCGCUGGAAAGAAUUUCAUGAAGAUAAGGAAAGCCAUCACAGCUGGUUUCUUUUUCCAUGCUGCGAGGAAGGAUCCACAAGAGGGGUACAGGACCCUAGUGGAGAACCAAGCAGUGUAUAUCCAUCCAAGCAGUGCCCUUUUCCAGAGACAGCCAGAUUGGGUGAUCUACCAUGAACUAGUGAUGACAACAAAAGAGUAUAUGCGUGAAGUCACUGUGGUGGAUCCUAAGUGGCUGGUAGAACUUGCACCUAGGUUUUUCAAAGCUGCUGAUCCAACCAAAAUGAGCAAGCGCAAACGCCAGGAACGAAUAGAGCCUCUUUAUGACAGAUAUCACGAACCUAACUCUUGGCGGCUGAGUAAACGUCGAGCCUAGUAGAAUCAAGUAUGUCUUUGUAAUUCUAUGAAUCAAGUUUUGAGAAUGAUCGGGAGCCUCUCAGGAUGCCCAGACUGACUUUGUAUGUGGGUUCUGUGUCCUUUGAACGGGCUCUCUACUUAGAAACAUGUCUUACUAGCAUACGUAUAUGCAUAUGCAUCUUACUGCAGUGCAAGCCCGUUGUAUUAUAUGUGAUCUGAUUUUUUGGUUACGGUGACUUUUUCGUUCUUGAGUUGCCUUUGGUUGAUCCUUCCUUGUGAGCGGUAUGCCGCUGCAGAUUCAUGUUCAGAGUUGACAGUUUUCUCUGCAGCUUCACUGGGUAAGUGCUCACCUUCCGUGGAUUCAUUUUCUCCUCUCUUGAACAGCUUGAUGGCUGUUGAACAUGCAUUUAAAACACCAACAGGAUGCAUGAUAAGGUUAGUCGGCUCUUCAUAUUGUGUUCGUUAUUCUCUUUGUUCAGACAUAUUUGGUUGAGCAGGCAGACGGCUAAAGUUUAGUGAAGCUACCACAAAUAUCCAAGUUGUUUUGAACCUGGAAGUUAGUUUCUCGAUGGAAGUAGUGAUGGCAAUUUUAACCUGUCUUUGGGUAUUAUCCGACUUGACCUGCGAAAAGGAAGGCAUUUUCCUUAUUUUCGACUCAUGUUUUGCCCCGUCUCGUUCUUGACCAAUUCUGUUUCAUUUUCUUGCAGUAUUUAUACAAAUUUUGACUUUUUUUUCAAGUAGUUAGAGAAUCUUUUCACUUGUUAAACUCAAAUAUUCAUUCUUAUUGCUCAUUUAUAAAGUGUUUUCCCCUUCAUUUUAUCGUAAAAAGUAAAAUUUGUGGAGUUUUUUUUUUCAAAUAACAUGUAAGAGUGGGUCGAUCGGCCCUGCCCCAUACCCACCGUCCUGCCCCCAUACCAGCCGUCACACCCCGUACCCGCACGGAUUUUAGUCGUCCCGCCUUACAGUAGCGUGUGGUGGAACAUGGGUGUUGAGGUACCUGCCAAUUGUCAUUACUAGUUAGAAGUUAGCUAACCACAAAUAGCACAACUAAAGCCUCUCUAGAGACUUAAUGCCAUCUGGUGGAUCGCUUGCACCGCUAGUUUUUCUUUGUUUAUAAUUGAUUGCCUGCACCAUAGUUGAGUUCACAAUAGCAAUCUAAUUUUGGUUUAAUUAGCACCGUACCGACAGGCGGCAGCCAUACUUUAUUAGUCAUUUACAAUCUUAUUAAAGAUUGUUGGCCCUUAUCAGCGACGCGUUCUUCUCGCCGUCAAUCCUUGCUAGCUUAAUAAUAUUAAUAUCUAGAUCUUUGGUUGAUGAAUCCUGCUGUUGAAGAGAAAGACAAUUCCAAUGCCCUGGAUUUGCAUUGGUAAAGGGAUGAUCACAUUGGUGAUUUGCUAAAAGAACUUCUAGGUUCAAUUUCCCUUGGUUUAGAAAGUUUGAUUUAAUCGCCAACCAAAUUGCACUUGCUAUAUGACCACAACUGAUGCUGUAAGAACUUGAAUCGCCAUGCUGUCCGGCUAGAUAGCAGGAAAUUAGUGUACUUGGAUUGGAUUCCAUUUUAAUGAGCUCCUCUUCCAGUCGUUUUGAUUACUUCAGCUAGAUAGCAGGAAAUUUAGGGGUGGGCAACGGGAAACGAGUAUUUGAGUAUACCCAUACCCAUUCCGUUUUUUGAGGGUUACAGAUACCCAAAUACCCGUAAUUUUUCUUAUGGGAUGGGAUUUGGGAUGAAGAAGUUUUAUGAUGGGUACCUGCAGGUUACCCGUUAAUACCCGUUUGGAUAUUACGGGUACCCGUACUACCCGCCCAUAACCCAAGCCCAUAUUAACCAAAAUUGCAGAGGAGGCUCCUGCUGGUCUUAAGGGAGCUUGAGUUUGAUCAUUACUACUCUUCCACACAAAGAACAAAUCAAAACUUGGAGCCUUGAACUCAGGUAGCUCUUCGGACUACUGUACCAUGCAGGAACAUUUUAUGCUCAAGGAUCUCUAGAUUUUGCUGUUUAGAUUCUGUAUGUGUAAUCACAUUUGGGUAGCUCUUCAAACUUUCUUAUCUGCAUAUGAUCUGCAUGAUCUCUAAUGCAUGAACAGCGAACUACUUUUCCAUUGUCUCGCUAUAGAGAAUUUGUCUGUCAUCCGAAUCUACUUUUGUCAUUCUCAUCUGAUUAUUAACAUGGUUUGUUAGGUUAAUGCUAUUUGUUAUCCAUAUCUUUUGAUGCAGGUGCUUCAGUAUACUGAAUGGAAUCGAUACAACAAUGUGGAAUCCUGCUAACAAUGUUCACCUGCCUGCUAUGUUCAAUGGUAACCUUCUGCUAGGUUCAAUGUACUUGUAAUUCAUCUUCAUUUAUGGGUACCCGUUAUCCGUACCGUACGGGUAACGGGUACCCGUUAACCCUUACGGGUUGGGAUAUGGGAUAGAGAUUACUCUUCAAAUGGGACCGGGUACCCGUUUCAAACGGGAUGGGUACUUGGUCCCGUCCCGUUGUCCACCCCUAAGGAAAUUAGUGUACUUAUUCCAUUUAAAUGCUGUCUAUUUUUUAUCCAAAUCUUUUUCGGAUUCUUUUUUAUUAGGCAAACUUAUCAAAACAUUAAGAAUUAGUCAACUGUUAACUUUCAGUUAACAAUUUUGUUAGUAAUAUUAACUUGACAAUUUGAUACCGACUUGGAAGAGAUACAUGAAGUUAAAAUUCCAAAAUUUUAGUAUUUUAACUAAGAAAAGAGUUACAAAGUUAUAAAAAUGGUUAAUAAAUAGCAUUUUAAUAGGUUUGAAUAAUAUAAAAGAAUCCAAAAAAAAAUUUGAAUAAAUAAUAGAUAUUAUCCUUUUUAUUAUGCUAUCGUCUUUGUUGUUCUUCAUGGCAAGAGAUAUUGCCAUGACUUGAGCGUGAGCAAGCAUCGAUGAUCUCCUGAGAGUCACCUUCUCUCCUUCUAGCGUGGCGGCCUUCCUCUCCCCUCUUUGAUUGGAUGUCCACCUUUGUCCUUUACCAUCUCAUAAGAAUGGGUUUUCAUAACUCUUAUAUGCAAUCCUUCUUUGAAAAGGAUUCUAACGAGUUGUAUCACCAACAUUUGCUCUAGAUCUAGUGAGUAGGUGCGGGGGAAAAGAAGAGGGGUUGCCUCCCUUUCUCUUCUCUGAAACCGACUCUUUUGAGUCUCUUCUCGCAUAGGACAAGGAAACAUAUCGACAAUGGGGUGUUUUGUCGGUGGCGGUGCUAACCGCUAUGACCUCUUUCCUUUUGUGUUGCAGAUUUCUCUCUUCCUCCUUGGAGGAAACAACAAAUUGAAGGGUUGGACCUGUGCAUUUUUGCAUAGGUGUCGGCCGUCGUGACUUUCUCCCUAUCCUUUUCUGAUUGUACUCACAUUUUUCUUGCAAGACGCGGAAAAUAGUGGGAUUUUGGAUGGUCAUGCUCUUUUCAUUAUUUUUCCUUUUAUUUCUCCAUGGAUAAAACAAAAAUGGUAAAAGCAAAAAAAAAAAAAAAAAGAAUCAAAUGUGUAAUGUGUUUAGUAAGGAUGAUAAAAGAAAACAUGCUAAUUAUCGGAUCAAGUAGUUUAGAGAUCAUUAGGUACUCUGUCCCCGAUGUUACAGAGUAUCAAGAUAGCAUGAACUCUAUAUAAUAUUACCUUUCUGUGUUGGAUAGAGUUAAAGUAUGUUUUGACUUUUGAGACUUUCAAUUAUGGUUGCAAAGUUUUGUCACUAGAAUGACAUUGGUAAGUCAUAAAAGGUUAACAAUUACAUGAUAUUGAUACACAAUCAUUCCCAACGGAGUUGAGAAUUCAAAGUCAUUGACAUCGAACUCCUUUAGGUUAAAGAUAAGGUUCAAAAUAGACAAGUUUCUAUUGAACAUUAAGGAUGUGACUGAUGCUAGCUUAUACAAAGUUGACACCUAAAGUUUUUCAUGAGCACAUUGCUUGCAUGAGUGUUAUUGCGGAUGUUACCUUGGUUAGUGAUGGUUUCUGAGGUCUAUUUUGAUAUUAAAAGUGUCUUUAAUCGUGCUAUGGUCACAUUAUAUGAAGGAAUUUCGAUGAUCUCAAUAAAGAUUAAAGUUGGAUCAGUUGAAAUUAUGCAUGUUUAAGAUCAGAUUGCAUGUAAUUUUCAUCUCACUCAUCCAUAUUUGAUCUAUGUCAUUGAGCAUGCAGGUGUGGUGAUCAUUGUGGUUUGAUCAUUAUCAUAUUGUGAUUAGCAUUUGGUUCAAUAAUUGAUACAUAAGGUGGACCAUUUGUUUCAGGAGAAGUCUAAACACAAAUAGCAUACGGUUACGCGCUUAAAGAAGUUUGUGAUAUAAUUGAUUCAAGGAAAAUAUGCAGUCUAAGCAUGAAAUUGUUAGGAAAUUAUGUUUUCUAACAAUGGUAUGUAGCAUAUUUUAUACACAAUCAUAUAAGCUAUUUGUUAAGUGGAAUAUAUGUAAGUAAUCAAAUUGUGAAGUUCAAGACUAAUAAAAAAUCAACACAAGUCCGAUAAGUGGGAAAUCGCAUACAUAUCCAUCUUGAAUUAAUAUGGGAGCCAUUAGUGAAACUUAUAUAUAAAUGAGCUUCAAUGUGGUCCCAAGAUACCAAGACAACACUAUCAUAUUCUACUAAUUAGGAAAAUCAUAUAUCUCUUGUAUAGAAAUUAAGGAGGUUUGGUUAAGAAAUGUCACAAUACCUCCAUGAUCGUGCUCUUAGAAGUAUCUUUCGACUUUCGGGGAUAGAUCGCCUUAUGUUUCCUACAGCAAGAUCCAGCCAAUCAACAACAUGAUUCCGAAUAUUUCUACCAAUGACAAGAUGAAUUUUUAGGGAAUUAUGUGUUAAGCUUAAAUACCAACAAAGACAUCCCCCUCAAUUUCGGAAGGUUGUUAAGACAUCAAGUGUCUUUCUUUAAAGGGCUUUGGCCCACGUAGUUGCAUUGUCAUGUAGAGUAGAAUGGGCCAUAAUGCGGCCUUGUCCUAUUAGUAGAGUCGAGUAGGGUUAAUUGUAGAGCUAGCUAAAACGCAAAACGCUAGAGAUGUACGACACUGAAAGUCUGAAACUUGACGAGGCGUUCCAAGAUAUGGUUCAUAACUUUUGAAUAAUCAUAUAAUUCAUAUUUGUACUCUUAAUUUUAAGUGGAAUCAGAUUUAACAAGAGGUGAGAUUUAAAAACUUUUUACUUUCAUUACUUUUUAAAUUAACUUUUAAAUUAUCUUCUUUGUUUUAACUUGAAUUUAUGUGCCAAGGCCAACCGUGCAGAAGUGAGAAUUGCUCUUUAUUAGGUUGAAUCUACUUAUGUAGAACUGACCGGUUACAAGUGUACCUCAUCGUUUAAUAUUUGAUUGGGAGGCCUCAUCGGAUAUUACCGUUUCCAAGUUGGUGGCCAGGUUUUUUGUCUUCUUCAUUUCUUUUACCGCUUCCGUCACUAUUUGCAAUUUCUCUGCUUUUUCAUUCGUUUAUUGAUCUAUACUCGUUUACAGGGGAUAUAGGGUGGUGACAUUGUCAUUAACCUUUGCUUUAAUUAUUUGUUUUGGCUUCUACUUCUUCUUUGGUACCGUCUCAUCUAGGUUUUCAUUUGAGUAGGACUAGCUCCUCUGUUUUGCUUGGUUUCAUUUUUUCCCAUGGUUAAUUGUGAUGCUUAUUUUUUCAUGCUCCUCCGACAUGUUUUGUCGUUUCUCGUGUCUUUGAAAGUAUUGCAUUGUUUGCAGGCUGAUUGUAGAGGCUAUGUGUUUGCUUGUUUUGCAUUUUGCCGGGUAUGCUGCUUUGCGGUCAUCUGAUAGCCACAGAGGUUUAGUCCUUGACUUUCGCCCUGCAAAGGGUGGAAAUUAAGCUAAAGACUUAGUUUUUUCCGAAUAGGUAUUAAAGAGUUGUCCGUAUCGUGAUAAGAAUGCUCUCUUAUCGUUUGUCGGUGGUUGGUCGCUGGCGUCCCUUCUUUUUCGAUUCAGCCUGAAAAGGCUUUAGUUUUGUACAUUAUAUGUGUUGUUUCCCUUUUUUGGGAAUAUCUAUGGCAACAUAUAUAUGGUGACUACUUCGGUGCACUCACAAAAAUGAGUGUGUUCAAUGCACCCAACUCAAAAGCUAGUCUUAAGAUGUCGGAUUUUGAAUUUUAAUUUGUAGAACUAAUGUAAUAUGAUGAUAUAACAUAUGAAAACAACCAAUUAGCGAAUUACCCUAAGCCCUAGACCUCCAAUUUUGAGUUCUAUCCCUAAACCCCAAAUUGUAAACCCUAACCCCAACCCUAAAUCUCUAAACUCUAAAUCCUUCAAAUUAUAAUUAUAGUAAAUCUUUAGUUUUUGCGCACAUUCAUGUGCGUUAUUAUUCAUCACAUCAUAAGUGAUGAUUGACAUCAUUUUGACAUAAAUCGCAUAUUUAAUAUGACGAUUAUGAAGCGAGUGCACUGAAUGCAUCUAAAAAAGUGAGUGCACCAAAGACGCCACCACACACAUAUUUAAUGGCAAAAUCCGGGGUAUCGCAUACCUUGAGUAAGAAAACGCUAUCCGAAACUUGAAUUGACUGAUCUUUCGGACAUGAUACUAUACUCUAACCCUUAAAGAUCAAAAUCUAGAUCUUAAUUCGCUAAAUCAUAUACCCAAGAUCAAUUUAAUUAUAAAAAAUAAUCGACGGGUCGAUUCGUCCAAAUAUAGGCAAAAAAUUCAAUGCAUCAUCUUAGGGUUUAUAGUUUAUGAUUUAGAUAAUUAAGACAUAGGGUUCACUCAUUAAGGGUUAUGGUAUAGUAUCAUGCCCAAAUCCUACUAAUUCGAUGUCUAGAUAGCGUUUUCAUACUCAAUGUAUGCGAGGGUACCGUAGAAGGCACUAUAUAUAUAUAGUGGCGUAUUCGGUACACCCACUUUUUUGGGUGCACUCAGUGCACCCCCCUUAUAAUUGUCAUUCUGAGCAUGCGAUUCAUGUCAAAACUGUAUCAAUUGUUGCUUAUGAUACUAUGAACAAGAAGCACAUGAAUUUGAAAAAAAAAAUCAUUCAAAAUUUACUUUAAUUUGAAGGACUUAGGAUUUAGCGUUAGGGUUUAGGUUUACAAUUUGGGAUUUUGGGUUGAUAUUCAAAAUUGAAGAUUAAGGGGUUAGGGUAAUAGAUUGAUUUGUUAUGAUUCUAUGUCAUACCAUCAUAUUAUAUUGAGAGUACUAAUUAAAGUUCAAAAUUUGAUGUAUUAUGGACACUUUUAGAGUUGGGUGCACCCGAAAAAGUGAGUGCACUAGAGUAACCAAUAUAUAAUGUAUAAACCCCAGGCACCGAUUUUCUAAACCCCACCCCAAAGUUUGAUUCAAUGAAAAAUAAAAAUUGACCGUUGAGAUCGGUGGAGCUCAUCUAAGUACAUCUAACGAUUAGAUCACCUGCUGUAUACUAUACGCCUGAUGUACACCAGUCAUUACCAUAUAUAUAUAUAUAUAUAUAUAUAUAUAUAUAUAUAUAUAUGAAUAGAUGGAACAGAUUAGUUGUGAUAUAAAGUAUGAUGUCCAUCUUCGAUAUAUUUAGUGGAACAAAAAAUUUGUACCAUCUUUGUCUUUAACUUGAAUUUUGAAUUUUUUUGUCGAGAAAGCAAGUUCAUUAGAUCUAUUGGAUCUACAAUUUUCCGAGAAAAAAGUUUCAGGGCCAAGUAUACUUCCCUACACCAUCCAUAACAAUAACCUGGUAUAGGGUGGUAACUGGUGAUAGACGGUGAUAAAAAAAAUAGUAAAUGACUAUUAAUAUAAUUAUAAUAUCAUGUAUACAACUAUUCUAUACUCUUGUAUAUUUAUUCCACCAUGAUACACAUUUAUAUCAUGUGGUAUAAUUUUAUGUACUACCAAACAUUACCAUGGUAUGAAUGGGUAAUAAAUGUAUUUUUUUUUGUUUCAAAAUAUAUCAAAGUGGAUGUCAUUUUUAAGAGUACAAUUAAUCUGAUAUCUUUGUUAGAAAAAAUAAAUUACGACUUAAAAUGAAAGAGAAUUAGUCCUUUAAAAUUAAAUGAAGAAAAGUUAGAAACACUCCAUAAAUUUGAACGGUAUCAUUAGUGACCUUUAAGUAAUCGAUGCCCCCUGACGAGACUAUCAAAAAAUAAUAUAGAAGUAUAGUUUUGUCAAUGAACUAGUCUUGUUCAUCUUAUAGAAAGAAAUCACGUAAGUUCCGUCUUCAUUUCGUACUAACUCUCUUUUCGAUUACUCCUUUUCUGCUAACAAAUAAAUCUCAACUUUAGGUAACUACCAAUUUUCAUCUCGCAGGUUAGAAUUUACUUGAAUGUAGAAGAGGAAGAGGGAGAAGGAAAACCCCCAGAACUUCCCUGCUUCAUAAGGGAAUAAGGGAAUGAUGUACCAGCGGCGGAUCCAGAACACAGAAGAGCACUGAGCCCCAUUUCAUUAGAAAAUUAAAACCGUAAAAAAAUAUACUGAUUAUAGUUUUUUGCAAUGUAAAUUGUACACAACUGUAUUUUAAUUUAGGGAAUGCAUCAAUAAUGAAGUCUACAUCCAUACCAAUAGUAUACACCGUUUCAAAUAAAAUAUUUGAGCAAUCGGCGAGAAAUUCAUCGCUCAUUUUGUUGAGCAAAUCAGUUCUCACAUGUUUCAUUGUUAAAAAGGUUCUCUUUGUAGUAGCGGUUGAAACGAGCAGCAUCAACACUAGAUAAAUCAAUCGACUAAUUAAUUUACAUUGUGUGUCCAUCCAUGCACACCAGCUGCUUUAGUAAAUUUGUAAGGGAACAAAUCUCAUAUUUCUUUUAGUCUUUUACGUAUUUAACUUUUUAGAAUUUUAGGUUUCAUUGUUUUUUUAAGACGCAUAAUCUUUGGGGCUAAAAUUUCUAUGCUAAAUUUAGAAUAGUGAUUUGAAUAUGUUCAACUUGAUAAUUUUUCUAGUUAAACCUAAUCUUAUCAUAGAAUAACACUGGAUUGAAUGUCUAAAAUCAAAAAUUUCAUAAGGACUAUAGUAACUACGAAUCCAGAGGAGAGCUGGGCCGGGCCCUUGGGUGGCCAGCCCCUGGAUCCGCCAGUGUGAUGUACAGAUAAACCUUUAUUAAUCACUUAAGUUUGCUUGGAUCGAAGAUGAUGAAGACAAUACACAAAGGCCAAAGUGGGAGGAAUCAUUUAGUAUGGAAGGGAAGGGAAGGGAAUCAUUAUAUGGCUGGCAUGCCAAAAACAUGAGAGCCAAAACUGAAGGAGACAGAAACAGAGCAGCCCAACUAACUACCAUUCAUUCAACUAGCUAUUGACCCGGCCCGUUGGCCGGAUUACUUUAAGUUACUGACUUGUGAAAUGGGAAAGUGAGCUAGAGUAGGAGAGCAUUUAUUUAAGUCGAACUUACAAUUAGGGUCUAUUUGAGUCCAUAUAAAUAUAAUUAUACAUAUGAAACAAUAAUAUCAACCAUCUAGCUAUUCAGUAAAGAAAUUUUCAAAAUUUACAUUAGAUUUGGGUGUUCAUUUUCUUUUGGGUAGCUAGUGUAAUGAACAUAAUUUAGACCCAAACUAAAUGAUUGUUUAUUGGUAUGAUCCAUAAGUGAUAUUACCAAAUAUGAUUUGACUGGUAAUAAAUUGGGUUUGAGAUGGAUGUUUUUUGCCAUAUAUAGAGGAGGGAAUUUUUAAGGUCUCGUUUGACAUUAGUUGUUCAAUCACCACCACAUCCACCGAUAAGGUAUCACUUACCCAUGAGACUUUUUAAUUUAUUGCGAAAUGAGAUGAUCUAAAUUCCUUCAGUUUUGGGUUUCAAAUUAGAAAAUUUGCAAUCACUUGUUUACAUAGUUUUCAUAUCCUACUUUUAAUUGCGCGAGAUUUAAAGUUUCUUUAUCUAAAUUUCAUAGCAAACUAUGAACAUGAGCAGAGGUGAGUAAACAACUAAACAUCACAAUGCUUGUAGUUUUAGUGGUAUGAAAAUAUAUUUGAGCUCAUAGAUCAAUUAAGUGCAUCUCAUCUUUCAUUGAAAACUAAGCGAAAUUUAAAGAGUCAUUCACUGUUAUAUAAAUGUAUUUGAGUAAAAUAUGUUUGUGUUAGGGGUAAAGGUCGAGAAGGCCACGCGGCGCACUUAGGCUUUCCGCUCAAUUACCCAAAAACCCGCGCUACUCUGAUAUGAUCCGUGGAACUGCCAAUCGCGGAUCCCGCAUAAAGGUUCCACGUAACUGAAUCUGAGGAAGGAAUGCCAGUGGGCCCGCGUAUCUGUCUCUAAGCACCUAGUCUUGUCAUCGGGACUUGCCCACCAAACCCAGAGAGGCUAUAAAUACCAAUUUUACUACACUUAGAAAGGGGACUUAGGGGUUCUCUCUCUACCCUUCUCCCUAGAUUUUCCCCUUGUAACCUCCCAAUUGUAAUCUCUCCCUCAGUAUACAUUCGAAGGUUAAUCUGGAAUUAAGAGGGAUAUCGGUUUUCUUGUCGAAUCUACGUUAAGUCCCCUAAAUUACCGUGCAAACAUCCUACUCUCAGUCUUGCACAAACGGUUUGGAAACUGACAUUGCAUGCAUUUCCAAAGGUUAGUAGUGAAUAAGAGAGUAUAUAUAUAUUAGAGGAGUAUAUUAUACCUAUAACCCAUUAAGAAAUAUACAAUAAAUUUGUUUAGUCUAAUUUGUUAUGACCAAGGUUGUCACUCGAUUUCCACCAAUGAAUUAUUUAAGCAAGUGAAUUAAGAAUUAAUGACCGAAUUAGAUUAACUUGGUUUAGCCUAGCUUUACCCAGGUAUAUGAAAAUUUUUAUUGGUUCGACAUGUAUUAUGCUUAGAUAUUUAUGAAAUUUCUAUGAUAAAUUUAGAUACAAUAAUGAUUUAAUAUAACUUAUUCAUUGGGAUAGAGUUUUUUUUAUACUUUUUUCUCCCUUGGAAAUUACGCUUUAGUUCUAAAUUUCUUUCCUUUUACUUUUUUUUUUAUCUUUUUCCAUUUCAUUUUCUAGUUUUUUCUUUCCUUCUUUGCAUUGCAUAUCAUAUUCCAUUCUUAAUGUUUUUUUUUUACUCUUCUUCUCCAAUUCAAUUUCAAGUGUAUAUACAAAUGAGGACAUUGGUCUAUGUUAAUCAAACAAAGUCUCAAUUCAAAUACAUGUUCGUUUAAUCUUUUUGCUAUUAUUUGUAUGAGAUGUGGUUCAUUGGCGUUGUGACCUUGUGGCUGGAAGAAAAAUGGAAUUGACUACUAAGGAGCUAUGUUAGCUUUUGAGAUGGUUGAGGUUUGUAUUGUUGCCUGCCGAUACUAAAGGAGGAAGAAGAUCUUAUGGGAUAACCGAACACGAGUGGUUGAUGUACGCUACUGCAUGGGUCUAUGAUAAAGAGAAGGACGACAUGUCAACAAUGCUAGUGAUUAGAUUUGUUGAAAAUGAUGUCGGUUUGAAGUGACUCAGUGCUCAUAUGAGUUAGUUGAAUCGACUUGAUUUCCUAAUUUGAGUGGGUUUCCUAGUUCGUCCAAGUUUGGGUUGAUAACCAACUCGGCCUCAAACAUCCUAUCAGAUACUCGGUUGGGGCUAAACUUAUUCGACCAAUGGGUUGAAAAUCAUACUUAUAAUUCUUGUCUUCUCUUUUAAGAUACAUUGGUUUAAAUUUCAAUACUUGUCUAUUUUUUAUAAUGAAAUAAGUUUAAUAAUUGUGAAGGAAAAUAUGUCAUUCAUAUUUUGGAUCUUGCUGUAGGAAUUUAAAAUCGGAUAAUAUUUUUCUCAUUCCAAUCUUAUAUAUUGUAUUGUGUGUAGAUGUUAAGGCGUAGACAUAUGUCAUUGCCCUAGAAAUUCAUUAACAUUUCAAAAAAAUGGUGAAAUGAACCAAUAAUUAAACCCAAUCUCGUACAAUGAUCAUUGAAUCUAAUCACAUUGAAUUAGGAACAUAUUUAAAACUUAGUGGUUAACCCAACUUAAACGUUAAAAACCCCCUCUCAUAUAGUCUGCACAACAAUAUAAUUUCUUCAUAGUAUUCUAAAAAUUAAUACUAAAAUAAAAUUUUGACAUUGCUUCGACCUACUUAAUACUCCAAUUUGAUAUGCAACCAAGUUAUAUUUGUGUUGCAAUUUUAAAGUUAUCCACUAUUUAUAAUAUACAUAUAAACGCAAAUUAAGUAUUAAAUUACAAUUAAAAUAAUCAAAAUAUGAAAACCAAAGUAUCAAAUCACCAAAUAAGUACUUAUGGGAGAUUUAGUGGCUAGCUAACCGUUGUAAAAGUCCGAUGAUUUUUUAGAUGUUAGGUUUGUGUAUGUUUUUCUUUUAAGAGAUACAACAAAUAUGCGGUGUGAUUGGUUGUAGCUCUUCCCUCUCUUUAUAGUGGUCAUGGUUCAAAUCACCAUAAGUAUCCCUUUUUAUAAAUAAAUAAAUAAAUAAAUAAGAAAGAAAUAAGUAAUUGUGAAGACAAAACUGCCCUUCCUACAUUUACUCUCGAUGCAGGAAAUUUGAAAUGGAGCAAUGGGUUUUGGCUUUCACCUUUAUAUUCACUAGCUUAUAAUCCGGCCCGUUGGCCGGAAUGUUUAUAUUUUAUUUUUUAUACUUUUUAUGUUACGUUAAAGUCUAUCAACCUGUUUAAUUUUAUUGGCAAUCUUUCGAUCGAGAUGAUACAUAAAGAAAGAAUAUAUAGGUCGAACAUUCAGAGAAAUAUCAUCAUCAUUUGAGAAAAUAAAACAUAAAAAUGUAUGAUUGAUCUCAUUUUCAUAAUGAUAAUUAAGCCCAGUUAAUAUGUUAUUGGUUAGUUGAUUGUUAAGAAAGAUAGAGUAUAAAAGCUCACUGGAAUUCCCACACGACCCAUAGAUAGUUUGAAACUGAAUCUAAAACCUCACAAUCCUACGUAAAUGGUUCAAUGCUCUCAUUUUGGGGGCAAUAUGCCACUAAUAAAAAAUAAAUGGAUAGUUGUAGGUUCAAGUCAACUAUAUACUAACAACUCGGCUAAGAGUGGACCAUCAAAACUUGAGAGCAAACGAUCAAAGUAAAUUGGGUUACCUCCAAUAUACUAAUAGACUCGAUCAAAGUAAUAUGGCGCAAAAUUAGACAGUCCUUAUCAAUCAGUUCCAGUAGGUUGAAUAAAGAAUCAACCUACUUCAUUAAAUCAAUCAAUGAUUACUCGUUUUAAGAUAGAAAUAGGUUGUGGUAGCUGCAAAAACUAUAAACCUAAUGAUCCAAUAGCGACCACUCUGCAUUGAACGACCAAAUUUUUAUAUACUCUAUCUUCAAUCUCAAGAAGCAUAUGUUUCAACCAAACAUUCACUUUCUAAUCCUCCUUCUGCAACUCCAUUUCUGCUACUUUGAUGGACCUUCUCUCUGCGACCCUCAAUUUCUCUUACAAUUAGGGUUUUUGUCAACUCGCUCUUCAACUCCUCAAUCCUCUUCCUGUGUUUUGCCAACUCAUCUUCCUCAAGGCCAGUUGUAAUAAGUUCGCUAAAACCAAAACUCAUCUCCAAUUCCAUCAAUAUGCUCAUCUCCCCCCUUGUAUGCCUUCACAUGCUUCAGUACACUUCCAUGUCCUUCAAUACCCUCUCCAUUUUUAUUGAUAUCCUCAUCAUCUCUCACUUCUCUCUCUUUAACUGCUCCAGUUUUGCUUUCGCGUCUUUCAACACCCUCCUCAAUUCGAUCACUACCCUCGGUAACUCCCUCUUCUCUGCCUUAACAUGCUACAGUUGAAUUUUUCUUCCCCCCACCACUCUCAUUUUCAAACUCAAUCCUAACUCUUCUACUCCAAGUUCAACACCUCAAACUCCUAGAGUGUUGCAUGAAAGCUCAAUUUCUAAAUAAUUCUAAAACAAUAUCAAAAUUUGAUUAGUGAGAUAAGAAUAAAAAUUAAUGAGGAAAAUUAUGGUUGCGGAGAACAUUAGUUAUCACAAAAUCAAAUAUGAGCGGAAAUAUUGUAAUUGAAAAGAAACCUUUUUUUUUCUCAUUUUGAUCUUAUUUUAUUAUUUCAAUAGCUAAGCAAAGAACAAAAAUAAAGUACAGGAAACACACAACAAAGUGGACAGGGCUCUAGCAAAGUACAACUGCCAUGUUCUACACAAACAUCUCUUUUGCUUACAAACAAAUAUAGUACCCAAACCAUCGUUCAAAUUCAUUUUCUAUAUUUAAUAAAUCAUUCAUAAACAAAAAACUUAGAUAAACCGGGAAGGAAAUAAUAGCCUGCCAGUUCAAUUCGAUGAACCUAAUAUGAAGAUAGAAACACAUUGAAGUUGAACCUAAUAACAGAAAGAGGAGAAAUCACGCAGGAGAUCCCCCGAGCUUUAAGCAUCGUUUCAGGCAAUAAGAUCAAAAUAAAUAGAUAUUAUGCAUGUUGUGUUCAUGAGACAACGUGAAAAUAAAAGUCGCUUUGUUAUUAAUCAGAAAGAUAAAACCAUGAGACAUAGAGAAGAAACGAAUAACUUACAUGUGUAAAGCGAUUAACCUUGAUCGGAAAUCGAAAACCUGUUAAAGGUCAAUGCCUGGUAUAGGAAGAGGAGUAAAGGCGAAAGGUAUAACUGAUCAAACAUUGCCUUCAGCAAUAGAAGCAGCAAAAUAGUUCUUAUGAUAGUACAUCGGGGAGAGACAGAACCAUUGGGUGAUGCCAGUGCAGAGGAAUCGAGCGAGAUAAUCAAGGCCAAGCCAUAACUACUUGAUUGAACUCCAUUCUAUUGGUCAUGGAUUGAUAUGAGAGUUGAAAUCUUCUACUUGUCCAGCUUAAAUCCCCAAGAAUAAAAAUGCAGUGCCAAAAGAUUCCGGAAUGUUGAUUUUCAAAUGCUCCUUAUACUGGGAAGUGAAAGCACGCAAACUAUUGCACGAUGGAGGGAAUUUCGGAGAAAAUUAGAAAGAGAUAAGAACAAAGAUAAAAAAGGCACAAAAUUUAAAUUUAUAUUGAAAAAUGCAACGACACAACACAUAGUAAAGGAAAUAGUUUCUUCCAUGUUAGCCAAUUACCAAUUUACCUUUAGCGAAAAUAAAAGAGAGAGCAUGAAUUCUAAAAUUGAUAAAAUUAAAUGAAACUGUACUAUGAAAAUUGAAGUAUUAAGCACCAUGAAAAUACAUAUAGUAGACUUAGUGCACUUGUUAAUCAUGAUGGAAAAGUUCUCUGCUUUUCACAGUUUAAAUACAUGUAUGUUUUGUAUUAAAAAAGGAACAACAAAUACAUUUAGUAUAAUUGGUUAUGAUUGCUAUCUUUGUCUGCAGAGACCCGGGUUCGAGUCUUGAUAUUGAUAUUUUUUAUGAAAUAAAUAAUUAAUUGUAAAGACAAAAUUAUCCUUCCUAUUUUCACUCUCAUUGCAGGAAAUUUGAAAUGGAGAAAAGUUUACAAAACUCUACUAUAUAUUAAUGGAGGACUAAGCUAAGAGGGGACCAUCAAAACUUGAGAGAAAACGACAAAAUUAGGAUUAUCUCCAACACAGUAAUAGACUCAAUCAAAGUAAUAAGGCACAAAAUUAGACACUCCUUGUCUAUCAGUUCCAGUAGAUUGAAUAAAGAAUCGACCUACUUCAAUAAAUCAAUCAAUGAUUCCUCGUUUUAAGAUAAAAAUAUGUUGUGAUAGAUGUAAAAACCAUAAACAUAAGAUCCAAUAGCCACCACUCUUCCUUGUACAGCCAAAAAAUUUUAUUAUCUCAAGAAACAUAUUUUCAACCAAAAAUUCAAUUUCUAAUCCUCCUUCUGCAACUCCAUUAUUUAUUAAACUCUUUUACUUUUCCAACUUAAAUCCGCAACAAUAAAACUGACGUGCCAAGAGAUAUCGGAUGAUUGAUUUUCAAAAGCGGCCUUGUAUUGGGAAGUGAAAGGGGCGCAAACUAUUGUACGUUGGAGAGAAUUUCCGAGGAAGUUAGAAAGAGAUAAGAACAAAGAUAAACCCACAAUUUAAAUUGAAAAAUGCAAGGACGCAACACGUAGUGACAAAAUUAGUUUUUUCCAUGUUAGCCAAUUGCCAAUUUACCUUUAGCAAAAAUUAAGGAGAGAGAAAGAAUUUUAAAAUUGAGAAAAUUACAUGAAACUCUACUAUGAAAAUUGAAGUAUCAAGCACCAUAAAAAUACAUACGGUAUACUUAGUGGGCUUGCUAAACAUGAUGGAAAGUCCUGUGAUUUUCAGAGAGUUGAACUUCGUGUAUAUUUUGUAUUCAAAAAGAUACAACAAAUUUGUUUAGCAUAAAUGGUUGUGAUUGUUGUCUAUAUUUGAAGAGACCCGGGUUCAAAUCUUGAUGUUGAUAUUUUUUAUGUGAGAUAAAUAAUUAAUUGUAAAGACAAAAAUGUCCUUCCUAUUUUCACUCUCGUUGCAGGAAAUUUGAAAUGAAAAAAAGUACACUUAUAUAUUAUUGGGGAUUUACCCCUGCUCUGCUUCCUAAUCCUUCCCUUUUGGCCUAAGAUAAGAUUCCAUGGUCCCCCACGCCAAAGAUUUCAUUCAUCUCUUGCUUUCUUUUUUCCAGUCUCCAUACCUUGGUGCUGGCUGGAUCAUAUACCUUCGAUUUUUUGUACAUUGAUUCUUUGUUGCUGUUUUGGGUCGAGCCUUGUCAAAAGGAAGCACCAUUCAGGCAGUUGAAAUGAUGCACGAAGGAUGAUAAUUCCAUUUUAUGCAAAGGGCAACCCCGAUUUGUUCCAUUUGAAUUUCGAGCCAAUCGAUUCCAUCCAAUUCCGAUUCAGCCUACUUUAUAUAUAUGUUUACCAUUUUUAGAUUUGAUAAAUUAAAUCAAAUCGAAUUGUAUCUCUAUUCAAUCUUAUUUUAUCAUCGUAUUGUAUCUUUAUUCAAAUCGAAGUGUAUCUUCUCAUCACUAUGGACAGGAUCAUAUCCCACCAUACCAAAUUGGACUUACCGAAUCAUAAAUGAUGAGUUGUCAAGAAGAUACAAUUGUAGAGGUUGAAGAAACAAACGGUGUCCAAGUCGGUACAAGGACAGCCCCACAAAGUGGGAAGAAAACAGGGCAAUCUCACAAGAUGGUCCAGUCAAAGAUACCAACUUUGAUAACAAGUUGGGGGAAGCAGCAGGAUCACUGAGACUUGAGGUUUUAGAGAUCUCAAUUUCGUAUUGAUGAUUAAAUUUGGACCAUUUACAAAAAACAAACCAAAAACAAAUCACAUCAAGUUGAUCGCUCCCUUUGAAGUGCUCCCUCCAUUUCAGAUACUACCUUUUGAGGUAGAUCAUAGAUGGGUCAGUGAUGCUGCUGACUACAAAAUUUGCUAUUUUCUUUUUAAGUCGUAUAAUGCUGCUUACAAAAUUUGCUGAAUCAAUAGCUUAGCGGGAAUGUCUAUUAGGUAACUGGCUAUUGCAGUCUGCUUCUUUUGCAAGAGGGAGAUGAACACA